AUGUCCCUUCUCCUACAGGAUCCUUCAGUUACACAGGUGACCAGAAAUGUACCCCCCGGGUUAGAAGAGUAUAAUCCAUUUUCGGAUUCCAAAACCCCUCCACCAGAAAAAGUAAAAAUGCCAGCGGCUGCCCCAAGUACACAGCCAGCUAUAAUGAAGCCUACAGAAGAGCCUCCAGCAUAUACUCAAAUUGCAAAAGAACAUGCUCUGGCGCAAGCUGAACUCCUGAAGCGACAGGAGGAGUUGGAGAGGAAAGCAGCAGAACUGGAUCGCAGGGAACGAGAGAUCCAGAGCCUAAACCAACCUGGGAGAAAGAAUAAUUGGCCGCCACUUCCUGCAACCUUCCCAGUCGGUCCAUGUUUUUACCAAGAUUUCUCAGUGGAUAUUCCUGUGGAAUUUCAGAAGACUGUGAAGAUUAUGUACUACCUAUGGAUGUUUCAUACAGUCACUCUUUUUGUAAAUAUUUUCGGUUGCCUGGCCUGGUUCUGCGUUGAUACAAGCCGAGGGGUUGACUUUGGGUUGGCGAUCCUGUGGUUUUUGCUUUUCACUCCUUGCUCAUUUGUUUGCUGGUACAGACCACUUUAUGGAGCAUUCAGGAGUGACAGUUCUUUCAGGUUCUUUGUGUUCUUCUUUGUGUAUAUCUGUCAGUUUGCUGUGCAUGUCCUUCAAGCUGCUGGAUUUAAAGGCUGGGGUAACUGUGGCUGGAUUUCUGCACUAACUGCACUGAACAUGAAUAUACCAGUGGGGAUAAUGAUGAUUAUAAUUGCUGCCCUAUUCACAGCUUCUGCAGUAAUAUCGCUAGCAAUGUUUAAAAAGGUACAUGGACUGUACCGGACAACAGGCGCCAGCUUUGAAAAGGCCCAACAAGAAUUUGCUACAGGGGUGAUGUCCAACAAAACCGUGCAGACUGCUGCAGCCAAUGCUGCUUCUACGGCUGCGAGCAGCGCUGCCCAGAAUGCCUUCAAGGGUAACCAGAUGUAA